UCCGCGCGGUCCCGCCUCCCCCGCCCCCAGCCUCCUGCGCCAGCGGUGUGUCACAGCCUGAGCCGCCGGAGCGACCCGAGGGAGGCUUCUUCUCGUCGGUCAACCCGAGCUAAUACCACCGCGGGGCUGAGGAGCCGCCUCACCACGUUUAAGCGGUGUACCGUGUGUCUCUCUGCAGCUGUCCCAGCCCUCCGCGUCCCAGCUCCCUGUCCCAGCUCCGUGUCCCAGCCCUCCGUCCUCAUGUCGGACUUCAAGCUCGGGAUCGUGCGGCUGGGCCGUGUGGCCGGGAAGACAAAAUACACACUGAUAGAUGAGCAAGAUAUUCCACUUGUGGAAAAUUAUGCUUUUGAGGCGCGCAUGGAAGUUGAUGCAGAUGGAAAUGGGGCCAAAAUCUUUGCAUAUGCUUUUGAUAUUGGCAAGGGUCGCUGGGCAGGAAGGCCACUGCAUGAGUUGCUUUGGGAGAAGCACCGAGGAGGCAUUGCACCUAGUUUUCAAGUCAUCCACAUCAAUUCUGUAACAGUGGACAACCGGUUAGACAACCUUCGACUAGUGCCAGUAGGAUGGACCCCCAAACCUGAGGAAAUUUCUAGCAAACAAAGAGAGCAGUCUCUUUACUGGCUAGCCAUCCAGCAAGUACCUGCUGACCCAGUGGAAGAACAAUAUUUGGAACUGAGCCGCACGCGCUACUACAACGCCAAUGGAGAAUUAGUGGAGGAAGAGGAAUGCUCCUGCACCUACUACGAAUGUCACUACCCUCCAUGUUCACUAAUUGAGAGGAGGCUCCGGGAAUUUAAUAUCUGUGGUCGCUGCCAGGUAGCCCGGUAUUGCGGCUCCCAGUGCCAGCAGAGGGACUGGCCCGCCCACAAGAAGCAGUGCCGUGAACGCAAGCGGGUUCUGGCCCUGGAGUCUGAGCCUGAGCGGUGAUCUACCGUUAUCCUCAUCUGGGACAUGGCGAGGAGAUAAAAUGGGUGGGAUGGGUAACACUUUAUGGGAUGUGAACCAAGAUGAAUUCAAAGAUGAGACUAAUGGUGGAAAGGCGUUGAUUUUCCAAGGACUCAAACGAUUUGGAAGGCAAAAAAAAAGACCUGUACCAUUUCCCAGAACUGAUCAAUCCUCAUAGCUUGUGUUUAUGUGGAUAAUGGGGAAACGGUAAAUUAUUUUUGUCUUCAUUAUUCUCGAGGGAAGGACCACUCUUGAGCUGUACUUGCUGCUAUGGGUUUUGUAAGCGAGGGGGACAAACAUCCUUGGACCACAGUUGGACAUAGACGCUUGUCAGUAUCGCCUCUAGGUGUGUAGACAUCCGUGCAAAUGGGGACCCAGGAGCUUUGGUACCUGUCAUUCUGCUGGCACAACCACAAAAUGGACCUUUCACUGUACUGCUUCCCCCUGACGUUUGAUACACAAAGCUGCUGUCAUGGUCACCUCAACCGCCUCACUGUCAAACUCCCCUCACAGCCAACUCUGAUUUCACUAGACAAAUCGCACUACCAGUAUUGAGUUGUGUCCGUAUGCGUGUUUGCUGCAUAUUUGUACUAAGAGAUGAAAAUGAUCAAAUUUAAGGCAGGGCAAUGUUUGACUUUUGCCUUCACAAGGGCCACGUGUCACUGUUUUAACUUAAUAUUUAAACAUUGAAUUUGAUUUAAAAUAUUUCACCUAUUCUAUAUAAUAAAGUAGCUGCCGAACACAGGCUUUAAA